AUGGCUUCUGCUACGAAGAGUGAUGAAUAUCAGAAGAUAUUCCAUUGGGCAGAGACGCAAGAGAACGGGGCGAUACCAUCUUUCAAUACCAGGAAGAAUGACCCAUACCAGUACCAAGCGGGCUUUGGGAAUUCAUUCUCGUCCGAAGCUGUUCCGGGUACACUGCCCCAGGGCCAAAAUAACCCGCGCCAUGUGAGAUUCGGCUUGUACGCCGAGCAAAUCACGGCGACGGCCUUUGUGGCGCCCCGACACGUCAACAAGAAGGCCUGGCUCUAUCGUGUCCGCCCCGCUGUCGCCCAUAAUGGAUUUGUCGAUAUCCCACAAAACACAGCUGCCGAGUCCAAUUAUCUGCUCAGCAACCCAAACGUUCAUAUUUCUCCCACCCAGCUAGCCUGGAAGCCCAUGGAUAUUCCGGAGUCCGGUUCGAUUGACUUUGUAGCGGCCCUCAAAUCCAUUGCCGGAUCUGGCGAGCCGACCCUUGGUGAAGGACUUGCGGUCCACGUAUACACUGCCAAUACCAACAUGACCCAAAGGGCCUUUGUAAAUGCCGACGGAGACUUCCUGAUUGUCCCGCAACAAGGCGCUCUAGAUGUGCAAACUGAGUUUGGCAAGAUGUUUGUCCAGCCCGGCGAGAUUGUUGUCAUACAGAAGGGAAUCCGGUUCCGAGUCGAACUUCCCGACGGGCCAUCCAGAGGCUACGUACUUGAGAUUUGGGGUUCCAGUUUCGAACUGCCAGAGCUAGGUCCGCUUGGUGCCAAUGGACUUGCCAAUGCGCGCGACUUUUUGACGCCCGAGGCCUUCUACGAAGUCAAAAAGGAGCCCUGGCAGAUUAUCUUUAAAGUGUGUGGGAAAGAGUUCAAGAGCACUCAGGACCACUCACCAUUCGAUGUUGUUGCAUGGCAUGGAAACUAUGUAUGUGUUGUGAAGCUGUUUAUCCCAUGCCGAAACACGGUUCCUGCUGACACGCACGAGGUCCCUUUCAAAUACGAUCUGACAAAGUUUGUCAAUGUUGGUUCCAUCUCGGUCGACCACAUCGACCCCUCCAUCUUCUGCGUCCUGACUGCCAAAUCCCGGAAUCCCACCGCACCACUGGCCGACUUUCUCAUCUUCUCCCCUCGCUGGGACGUGGCAUCUCAUACGUAUCGACCGCCGUAUUUCCACCGGAACGCUGCCUCUGAGCUCAUGGGGUUAAUCUAUGGAGACUAUGGCGGCCGCUCUGACGAUUUUCGCCCCGGCAGUAUCUCUUACGAGUGUGGCAUGGUGCCGCAUGGAGUGGCGUAUGAACAAUUCAAGCAAGCCACCGAAUGCGAACCACCAGUGAUGCAGAUCUCGACGGGUUCAGUGGCCUUCAUGUUCGAGUCGAGCCGGGCCUUCACAAUUACAGACUAUGCUUGGACAAGUGAUAAAAAGCACGAGCACGAACCGACACUGUGGAACGAUCUUGCGGACCACUUCUCGGCUCACCUUGAUCAAGUGGAGAAAUUAGUUGCCGAGACGAAGGCUAGAUAG